AAACGGUCGCCUUCAAUUUGAAAACAUUGGAGCGUUGUUGAAGGAAAAACCAUUUUUUUUAAAUUUUCGUUUAGCUUUCGCGAUCGAAUUUGUGCUAGCAUUUUCACGAAAAUCACUUAUUUAUUUCGUACGGAUUAUCGUCCAAGGGGUAUCCACAAACAGUUUAUUUUGUGAUAUAUGAAAGUGAAUCAAAUAUUUGACAAGCACUUUUUCGACGGUUUGGCACAGUGAACAUGAAUAUUCUUCCCGUAUCCGCACGUACUCCAUGGAUCGUUGUAGAGAAAUAUCGAAGAAAGCGAUGGCCACCACGUGUAUUUUUUCUAGUACUGGGCGCAGUGACGAUGAUACUUGGAAUGAGUUUAGUUGAUGCAGGAACUGAUGAUGGAAUUUGCCGAAAUAUCAAAAUUAUGUUUGAGCAGAGCGAACUUAACGCGCUAAAGGAUUGUCGGAUCAUUGAAGGAUCUUUGAUUAUUGGCAAUCUUCAUAGCGACAACGAAACAGACUACGACGGCUUUACGUUUCCGAAUUUAGUUGAAAUUACCGACUUUAUGUUACUGUUCCCCAAUCUACGAGUCAUACGUGGAAAUCGUCUGAUGAACAAUUAUGCGCUGAUAAUUUAUCACCUGCCGCAUCUACAGGAAAUUGGACUGAAGUCAUUGACAACAAUCUCACGUGGUUUCGUCCGAAUUUCGAAGAAUCCUGAGCUCUGUUUCGCUGACACGAUAGAUUGGACUUACAUAGCGAACGGAACGAGUGUCGACGAUCAUUUCAUUGAUUCGAAUCAACACAGAAAUCGAUGCAAUGUUUGUCCGACGCGAAUCGGACUUUACGUCGACGGGAAGUACGUAAAUGGUAGCGACAUCGAUUGUCCGAUAUCAAAGUUGGAUUCGAAGAAGAGACAUUGCUGGAAUGCUCAAACUUGUCAAAAAAUCUGUCCAGAGUCUUGUGGUGAACGUGCUUGUAACGAUCAGCUCGAAUGUUGCGACGAGAACUGUUUAGGAUCCUGUGAUUCAGAUGGAACAAUAUGUACAUCAUGUCGACACGUCAGUGUCGGAUCGUUGGACGCAAGAACUUGUGUUGACAAGUGUCCCAAUCCUUUGUUUAUGUUUGAGAAAGGACGAUGCUUAACGAAUGUAGAGUGUCUGCAUGCGGACCGCUUUGAACAAUUCAUUCCGUUCAACGGUACGUGCCAAUCUACGUGUCCGGACUUGUAUUCGCUAGAAAUGGAAAAAGGUCUCUUAACAUGCAAGUCAUGUAAUGGAGUAUGUAGAAAAGAAUGCGACGGUGGCAUCAUACAAAGUAUAUCAGAUGCUCAACUUUAUCGGGGUUGUACGAUAAUAAACGGAAUGCUCAUUCUGCAGAUUCGUCGAGGAGGGGCGCAAGCAAUCGCAGAACUAGAAGAAGCUCUGUCGAACAUCAAAGAAAUCCGAGGAGCCUUGAAAAUUACGCGAUCACUUCCUCUAGUGUCGUUGAGCUUUUUCAAAAAUUUACGGGUAAUUCAUGGGAAUGCUCCAGACUAUUACACUCUCUACGUCAUGGAUAACCCGAACCUAGAAAGUAUCUUCGAUCAUCCAGUGGCGAUCGAACGAGGAAAAUUGUUUUUCCAUUUCAAUCCAAAGUUGUGCUACCAAACCAUUCAAAGCAUCAAGAAAGACGUGACUGAUUUGAGCGAUGUUCAGGACUUCGCAAUAGAAGACGUGUCAAUUAACUCAAACGGCGAUAAAGUGACGUGCAGUCUAACUACUCUCAAUGCUAAGGUGGUUUCAGUAAUGCAAUUUGCUGCGAUUGUAGAAGUGGAAUCCAAACAGUACGAUGACUAUCGUGUCUUAUUGGGCUACGAUUUGUAUUUCAAGCCAGCUCCCUACAAAAAUGUCACAAUGUUUGAUAGUCGGGCCACCUGUGGCGACGAUGGUUGGCAAGUGGAAGAGACUACGAUAUUCGAUCGGAGAGCAAAUAUUGUGCAAAUUGUUUUGAUCAAUUUGAAGCCGUAUACACAGUAUGCGUACUACGUUAAAACGCGUACUGUUGCGUCGGAACCGAAUGGCGGUCAAAGCGAAAUUCAAUAUUUUCGAACGUUGCCAUCGCGACCCGGUAUGGUACAGAAGAUGAAAAGUAAACGGAGUAAAUCUACUUACAAAUCUCAGGAAGAUCCUGUGAGAAAAGCGCCAAUUGAGUAUGGCGAAGUCAACAACGAAUGUUCGUGUGAUAAAGUUGUCACAACACCAAGGCUGAAAGACAAAGCAAAUUAUUACGAAGAAGACAUUAACUUUGAAAAUGAAAUUGAAAAUCUGCUCUACGUCAGGCGUCGUGUCGUUAAUAUGAACGACGAACCGAAAGGAAGACGUCGUCGAACUAUUGGUACAACCGACGAUUUUGUUGAGUCGAGAAUGGUGGAUGGUCAUUACGAGGAAUUUUACAGCAAUUCGACCGAAUUCAACGUUCAUACAUUGACAUUGAACCAAUUGAAACAAUAUUCGAUGUACUCGGUAUCGGUGCAAGCGUGUCAAAAUGCGGACGACAUUCCGUAUUUCGAGGUAAUUAGAGAACGAAAUGUGAAUACCGGCUCGUCAGCGUUGAAGAUCUAUUGGCCGGAACCGGAAAAUCCCAACGGCUUUAUAGUGGCGUACACCGUCACCUACAAACGAGUCGACUUGGAUAAUAUUUGGCCUGUCGAACAAUGCGUAACAACUACCAGCUACAAACAUUGGAACCGUAAAAUUCCAGUCCUUCCUUUGUCUAAUGGAAAUUAUUCGGUUUCGGUGAGAGCGACAUCACUUCAAGGAAAUGGUCGUCAUACGCCAUCGCAAACCAUUACUAUCGAUUAG